AUGGAGGUGCUCACUGAUGAUGCAUGCGCUGAGGACUGCGAGAUUGAUGACUUCCUCUUCGAUGACGAUGAACUUAUGGCCAGUGCCCAUGCCUCCCCCAAGGCAAAGGGUCUCGUCCCCCGGUACCACUCACCGGAGUCCUUGGAUAGGAGGAUUGACGAACUUGUCCACGAAACUGCAGGCCUCAUGGGGUUGAACGAAGCUGUCGUUGGAAUUCUACUGCGCGCGUUUGAUUGGAGAAGUGAUGCCUUAGUCCAGGAGUGGUUCAAUGACGGCGCAGCAGUUCUUCGGAAGGGAAGGCUUCCGCCUGAACUUUGGGAAGCGGAGAAGGACUGUAACGGAGCUGCACCAGUCGCCAGAGACCAACCUUCUGAUCUUAGCCGGUCGGAAGCCCACCAAGGUUCAACGAGAAACCCUCCGUCUUCUGCGGAUGCACCCAGUAAUGACCGUGCUGAUGACAUGUUUGAAUGCCCCGUCACUGCAAAUCUUGUUCCGCUGACCGACACUUUUGCUCUCAAGUGCAACCACCGUUUUUCCAACGCCGCCUGGAUAGGAUAUUUAGACGCGUUGGUGGCCGAGAGUCCGCAACGCGCUCUUGAUGCCCGGUGCCCUUUUCCUGGAUGUCUGGAGAUCAUAACCAUGGAUGUGUGGCAUUUUUUCCGGGGGCCGACAGCAGUGGCCCGCCUGCGGAUGUUUGCUCGCGAGCAGUUUGUGGGGAAGCAUCUGGCUGUGGCCUGGUGCCCAUCGCCCACCUGCGAGCAAGCAGUGGAGUUGGUUCCAGCAGCGAUGAGUUGCUCCGAUACUGAAUCUUCCUUUUGCAACUUAUCAGCCGCAGAAGUUGCGCCGGUGGCUGACGUUACAUGCAGUUGCGGCACUCGAUUUUGUGUAUUGUGUGGCAAUGAGCCUCACCGGCCCAUUUCUUGUCGCGUGAUCGCAGCUUGGAUGCGGAAGAAUCGAGGCGGUGAAUCUCAGCAGAACGGCGGCAACGCGGACGCACAACACUCACUUGAGAGAUAUGCGCACUUCUUUGAACGCUACAGAGCCCACAACCACGGCCAGCAAGUGGCAACGCGCAUGCAAUCGAGCCAGCUACACAAAUGUAGGGAGGUUGCUGCCAUUGCAGCUGGAGCUGGCAUGCGCUCAUCACCAACAGGUGGGUUCCACACCUCAAAUAGUGUCGAAGUGGACAAAGUUCCCAACGGUUGUGGUUCGGAGAGCAGCAGCCCUAGCAUAGCAGGAGAACGAAGUGGCGCAUCCCCUUCCAGCAGUAGGGAUGCAGAAAGCCCCGCCGGUUUCGGGGACUUUGACUGGGACUUUUUGGAGAAGGGUUGGCUGCAAGUGGUGGAGUGUAGGCGAAUGCUGAAGUGGUCAUAUGCAUUUGCAUUUUUUGCUGAGUUCCCGGAAACACGACAGAAGCAUCUGUUUGAGUUUCAUCAAGGACAGCUCGAAAGAAGUCUGGACCUCCUUCAGGAACGGCUCGAAACCUUCGAACCAAAAGCGUACAUCGAUAGGGAUCCUGCAGAUCUUAUUGCUUUCAAAAUGCAGUUGCUCGACUUGACUGCGGUUGUCCGCGGAUUCUUUGCAAAAAUAUGCGAUGUGUUCGAAGAUGAGUUUGUUGCUGAUGCGGUGCAUGUUAACGACAGAGAAGCAAGCUGA